CCAGUCCAGGUUCCUCCGGCCGCGGUCUCCCUCGAGCGCCUCGCCAGUCAACCCCCCCAGCCCGGUCCUUCCGCGGCCCUGCCGCCGCCAGGAGCAGGCCGAGCGGGGGCCGAUUCGCGGCGAUGACACAACCGGGCUUCCUGGGACUUUCUGUUCCAGCUCCUCCCCACCGUCACCUCCCCCCAGCCCCUCGCGACGACGGUGGCGUCCCAAGAUGGCGUCGUGGCUGCCGGAGACUCUGUUCGAAAUUGUAGGACAAGGCCCAGCGCCGAGCAAAGACUACUACCAGAUGUUGAUCACCCGAUCCCAGGUCAUCUUUAGAUGGUGGAAGAUUUCUCUAAGGAGUGGGUAUCAAUCAACAAAACCUGGAGAAGUAAAAGAAUCUCAUGAAGACUUCCUAGAGAAUUCACAUCUUCAGAUUCAAAUUGCCUUGGUAUUUGGUGCAAGAAUAUUGGACUAUGUCUUCAAUUUGUGUGAAGGUAGAAUUGACUUCCUUGAGCGGCUCUCAGACAAUUUGCUCAUGGUUAUCAUUUCUUAUCUGGACAUUGAAGAUAUUGCCAGCCUUUCUCUCACAUCACACAGAUUUUCAAAGCUGUGCACGUCUGACAAACUGUGGGAGCCAAUAGUUGAGGCCACCCGUGAAAUCACCCCUGCCAUGAAGGCUCUGGCCCAGGACCAGGGUUGGAGACAGACGUUCUUCACCAAAAAGUUGCAGCUCCGCAAGAAGAAGCGAAAUCCAGAAAACCAGGAGACAUUGCUGGUUCAAGGAGUCAUCUGAAAAACACAAAGUACUUACAGAUGCAGCAAACCCAACUCUGCAGGGCCUUGCCUGAACCACAGUCCUUCUGGUGAAGGUAAAGGUCAAAUCAUGGCCCGAAGAAGGGCUACAAGACAGGAAACGCACCAGCGAUGUCUUCCCCAUCCCUAACACGGGAGGUUUCCUGAUGCCUUAGCUACCACAUACCCAAUAAAUGGCUACCAGUGGAUUUUUUAUUACAUAUAUAUUUCAUCUAGGCAUUGGAAAAGGGAAUCAGGCUUUUGAAUUCUUUGUGAUGGUGUGUCAUCUGAGUCCAUCCCUGGAGCAGGGGGCCAUGUGGCCUGUGUGUGUUCUUAUUGAUUCCUGUUGAAUCUACAUUAUGCACACCCAGAGGAGCAGUGGCCUGAGAGGCACUCUCAUGAGUGCCACUGUCUUCCCAACUCUGUUCCUUGUAGUUUGCAUUCAGGACCUGGUCCUGUGGGCCCGGGAUGCUGGGCAUCAUAUCGGAAUGCUGGGCAUCAUCUCGCCAUGCAGACAACCCCUGCCCUGGCCCAGGUGUAUGGCUGGUGACCAGGCCAGGCAUGCUCCUUACAGAUCUUGUCUAGAGCUCAGCCUCCCAGGACUUCACAUUGCCAAAUAAACUAUAAAUAUUUCCUAGAAGGAUGUGGACAGUUACCACUCUUAUAACUGCGAUUUUUAAGAACACAAGCUGUGGGUAACUAGGUAAAAACCUGUAGUUUGUAUUCUUUUAACUUGUCAGAGGAGUAAAACCACUACAGUUUUAGGGGAGGAAAUGCUACCUUACUGAGAUGGGUUAUUUAAAAAUAGUUUUCUUCCUGCACUCUCGUGAGGGUUAAGUCCUCCAAUGAACUCAUAGCAGUGGAUAAUCUAAUGACUCCUUUCAGGUUAUAGACAAAGUAGCUUUCAACCUCCGAUCACCUUUUAACCUCAUUUCUUCAUUCCUGCAGCCUCCACUUUGCUACCUAGAAAACAAUGACACAUGAAGCCCUCCACCACAUGCCCUCCAUGUCAGAAGGACUCCCAUGAUGCAGUGGGACCUCCCCAGUAGUGCAGAAGAGGUGAACUGUUGGCUGUCCUCCUCUUUGAUUCUUCUAGCAUGGUUCCAUAGCCAUGGCUUAGUGACAGGUAUUUUUUUCUUUUUUUUUUAAAUCCUCACCUGAGGAUAUUUUUCCACUGAUUUUUAGGGAGAGUGGAAAAGAAAGGGAAAGACAGAAAGAAACAUUGAUGUGAGAGAAACACCUUGAUUGGUUGCCUCCUGCAUGUACCCCGAGCAGGGCCCGGGCUGGGGAGGAGCCUGCAACCAAGGUAUGUGCCCUUGACUGGAAUCGAACCCAGGACCCUUUGGUCUGCAGGCCCAUGCUCUAUCCACUGAGCAAACUGGCUAAACUUUUUUUUUUCUUUUUAACUAAACCUGUGUUAAUAUCAAAUCAGAUUUUAACCCCCAUUCACAUACACCCUUACCACUUGGUCACAGAUUUCCAGGGACAUCUGUGAAAUCAAAUGUCAGCUGCUCCCUUGCAGGUGAGGAGCCUGUCAAAGUCAUGUCUGGAUUUAGUCCAAGCACAGAGCAAAGAUUUAAUUGGCGAGAGACCCAGCCCUCGUUCUCUGCUCAUGAGCAGUCCUGCCAGGUGCAGGGUGACUGGCAGGCGGGCAGAGGACACCUGCUUCUGCACAGCUCCUGCUGCCUAUUUUUCCCUGAAAUUCCAGACUUCACUCUCAGCCAGGUUUUCAGUGACAGAACACAGGUCAAUACCAUGUGUGUGCAGCAUUUGUGUGGACGCACAAUUUGGUAUAUCAACAUAACUGUAUGAAUAUAAAAUUACAACUCAUUUGUUGCAUUGGUGCAAAAUGUCAACAGCUCAAAAAUGUCAUGGAUCGUGUUUUAUCAACCAACAGAUUCUGAAAGCUUAUGGGUGUGCAUAAUGUAGAUUCAACAGGAAUCAGUAAGAACACACAUGUGACCAUUGGAAAACUUUUAGUAUCUGUAUAUAAUACUGUAAUAUAAAAAUAGAUGCUAAAGGUAAAUAAUUAAAAUGUUAUCAAUGUGUUAAUCAUUGUUAAAGAAUAACUUUAAAACAUAGAUUACUAGCCCUACCCGUUUUGGCUCAGUGGAUAGAACAUCAGCCUGCGGACUAAGGAGUCCCAGGUUCGAUUCCGAUCAAGGGUAUGUACCUUGGUUGCGGGCACAUCAGAAGGGGGUGUGUGGGAAGCAGCUGAUCGAUGUUUCUAACUCUAUCCCUCUCCCUUCCUCUCUGUAAAAAAUCAAUAAAAUAUAUUUUUAAAAAUGUUUUUAAAACAUAGAUUACUAGAUUAUUAAAUUAUAAUUAUUUGCCUUAAUUUGGGUGCCUUAUUACCUGGCAAUCAUUAUUUUUGCCGAAACAUGAACUGUAUCAUCGACCUAAAAUCCUGCAUCCUCUAUAGUGGAAACAUUUUGCCCUCCCCCCUCCUCCUUUCCUUGUUAGAUCCUCAUGGCAAUCCAUCAAGUGAAAAUAUGGGAAUACUUUGCCUCUCUGCCUCUAUUGACAGCUUUCGUGGGAAUGGAUAAAUCUGCUUUGUUUAUGUCACACCACUUCAGAGUGAAAUGCCACAGCAUUUUAUAAUCUUGCUCUUUCUCAUCUUUCCAGUGAAAAUUGUUUCUGCUGUUAUCAUUUACCAUUGUAACUAUCAAAGUAAAAUAUUGAUUUUUUUAUGUUUUAUAUGUCUUAAAGUUAGAGCAAUUUAUUAAA